AUGACCCCUAUAGAAACAUUCCCAUACCAAUUAGUAUAUGGGAAAUCCUGUUAUCUGCCAGUGAAACUGAAACACAAGGCCUAUUGGGCAACUAGAUUUCUCAACCUAGAUGCUAAAGUAGUUGGAGAAAAACGGCUACUCCACCCAAAUGAGUUAGACGAAUUCUGCUUAGCUGUGUUUGAAAAUGCAAAGAACUAUAAAGAAAAAGCAAAAAGGUGCCAUGACAGGAAGAUAGCUUCCAGAAUCUUUGAACCAGGCCAAAAGAUUCUGCUGUUCAACUCAAGACUCAGAUUAUUUUCAAGGAAGCACAAAUCCCAUUGGAAGGGACCCUAUGUGGUUACUAGUGUAUCACCAUAUGGGUACAUAGAACCUCAAGGUAAAGACCCAGACAACAGGUUUACUGUCAAGGGACACAAUGUUAAGCAUUAA